GAACCAAGUAAGCUGCAUUGAGCUUCUCUUCUAGUCGACCAAAGGGAAACCAACUUGGUCCUUUGAACAUACAGUGCAUCAAGAGGAAAAUGGAAGGAAGCCAUCAAGCUGCUCCAGUUGAUAUAGAUAACCCAUACAUUCCAUUAGAAACUUCCAUGAGACAGGAAUUGGGUAGGUUAUCUCCUUUAUCCUCUUCAUGUUGUAUUUACAGAGUUCCAGAGCGAUUGAGACGUGUAAAUGAAAACGCAUACACACCUCAGGUAGUCUCUAUAGGUCCACUCCACCAUGGCAAGAAAGGGUUAGAAGCCAUGGAAGAGCAUAAAAAGAGGUACCUACAGGAAUUUCUAUGUCGGACCAAAGUAAGCUUGGAGGAUUGCAUAAAGAAAAUUAGAGACCGAGAACCAAGAUUAAGAAGCUGUUAUGCAGAAACCAAUGGAUUUAGCAGUGAUGAAUUUGUAAGAAUCAUUCUAGUAGAUGCCGCAUUCAUCGUAGAGCUCUUGUUGAAACACAAUGGCAGGACACCGAUAAAAGAAAAUGACGCCAUAUUUAAGAAACCAAAGAUUAUUCUGGAUCUAGAGACUGACAUGCUAUUGCUUGAGAAUCAACUACCAAUCUUCAUUCUCGAGGAUCUUUUUUACCUACAACAAGGUACACUCCCUUCCGAUUCUGACGACAGGCUUUCAACAUUUGUAACUGAUCUUUCUCUCAAAUUCUUCACUUCGAGAAUGACUCUGAUGAGAGAUGCAGAUCAAGAGUCCAUUUUAGAGAGAUUAAGUUCUACAAAAAAAGUAGAACAUUUUUUGGAUCUUAUUUUAAGAUCGUUAUGCCAAUCAGAAGUUGAAUUAAUACCAUUAGGUUAUGUAACUACAACAACUCGCGUAAAAACUAGCGUAACACCUAGCCUAACACCUAGCGUGACAGAGCUAUACCAGGCAGGAGUGGAGUUUAAGGUGGGAUCAAUGAAAAACUUAUUUGACAUACGAUUCACUAAUGGGAUUUGCGAAAUUCCAAAGAUCCGAGUAGACGAUGACACAGAGAUCUCACUUAGAAGCCUUCUUGCCUUUGAGCAGUGUCAUUACAUGCACAAUCAUAUAUGUGAUUAUAUGACCAUCAUGGAUGGUUUUGUGAACAACGCAAUUGAUGUGGAUUUGCUUGUUGAGCGUGGAAUUAUUGAAAAUAUUGUAGGUGACAGGAAAGAGUUGUCUGCUCUAUUUAACAACCUUGGGCUUGGGAUUUGUUCUGACGAAAACUUCACAUUUGCUAAUCUUUGUGAAGACCUGAACAGGUACUACAGUUCGAAAAGGCACAAAAUGAUGGCAAAUUUGAGACACAAUUAUUUCAACACACCUUGGCGAACUCUCUCUGUCAUUGCUGCUGUUGUUCUCCUCAUACUCACUCUUAUCCAAACUGCGUGUUCUAUUAUCUCUGUUGCUUGAGCAUGAACCACAACAAGUCUCAUUUCCCGUGUUCUCUGUAUCUUUUUCCCCACUGCC